UGCUCAGGUGAGACAGUCGAGAAGUUCCCUUCUGUGCUUCUGACUAAAAUGCAUCUCUCCAUCAUCCUUGUGGCUCUUGCCUUCACAUUGUUGCUCACCGUACACUGGGUCACAGCAACCGUGGUUGAAGAUUUCAACCAUGUUGAGAGAUGCAAGGAUUCACUCUAUAUGGGCACCCCACCACGGGGUUUCACUGAUCCCAAGCUCAAAAAGAUUUGCCAGCGCUACGCUGACAAACCACGAUAUGUGACCCUGUACGACCCUAAAAAACGCAUCCCAAUGUACUCUGCAUACACCUUCAAGAAAACAGAGGGCGAUCGACGUGUGGACUACCCCUGGAUGUAUGAGCCUCAGCUUGCAGAACUGGAUGGAAAUGGGAAUAUGUUGCCUUUCCCUACUGGCUACCUACACAUGAAGUUUGAGGAUAGCCAGGCCGUUUUGGAAGACUACUCUAACGUAGUACUGUACGAGAGAGGCCAUCUGAACCCAGACCAGCACCAGUCUGACCCCCAUGACCGAGCAGCCACCUAUGCACUCACCAAUGUUGUGCCAGAGGUGCGGGAGUUCAACAUUGGACCAUGGCGCCAAUACGAAGAGCGCAUCCGUGUACGGCUCAACAACUACUGCCGGGGCACUGCCUACAUUAUUACUGGGGUUACCACUACUGGAAAUAUGAUCCGACGUAACAACCAGAAUAGAGUUGGCAUCCCUGACGAAGUGUGGUCUGCCUACUGCUGCACUGACUAUGACCGGAAUGCACCACACAUCGAACGCGUCCACUUCCCAACCCAAGCAGCCCUUGCCAAGAAUGCAAAGGAGGGGAGCGCUGUUCAUGAGCUCAUAUUGAUGGACCUGGAGGAGUACCUGAAGAAAAGAAUUGAUGUAGACCAGAACUUCCAACUGUUCUAUGAUAACUGCAAAGCUCCUUCACCUCUUCCUCCCUACCUUCUUCAUACCAUAUGACAAGACACACCUUCAGCUUACAGCUUUGCUUUGGUUGUGGUUUCCUUUUUCUUGCUGUGUGUGGGUUCUUACUAUCCCUGUCUGUUUUGGCAAUUUUGUAAUUUUCAUAAUGUUAAAUAAAAUGUUUAAUACGGUAGUCUGAUUUUCAGGAUGUUAAUGGAAAAGUUGUCACUUUAUGGUGUAAACAAUGGCUGUGUAAGUGUUAAACAACAUUGAUUUGCUUAGUUUUGUUCAGCAUUUCAGUUUUUUUUCUUUUUUUUUUUUUUUUUUUUUGGUCAGCUCUGUCCACCAUUUUACUGUCUCAAUGUUAACAUUAAUUACUGUAUUACGUGCACAAUGUAAACGUGAACUGCCUCAAUUUGCAUAUACACAUUAAAUGGCUCACUGACACUACCUGAAGUGCUAAGUUGUGGUUUUUAAGGAUGAAUAGUGUCUGGUUUUGACGGUAUUAAGGGGGAAUAUGAAAACAAACAAUGAUGACGUUGAAAAUCUGUACCAACUUAUUUCUUUU